GUGUGAUUAACACCAUCGCCAAGCUAGCCAAGACCUGCACCCUGCGCCUGACUGUCAGCAAGCUGUAUUUCAUCCUCUCUGAUAAGGUAGCAAAUGGCGGCGUCAGUAUGUGGUGUGAGUUGUGCCAGGGGAAUUUCUUCGAUGAAUUUCAGAUGGAAGGAGUAGCUGCAGAGUGCAAUGAAAUCUAUCUAGAGUUGGUGCCUGAGAACCUGUCUAGAGCAUUAAAAACUGCUCAGAGUGCUAAGGCAGUGAAGAUGAAGUUGACUAACAAGCACUGUCCCUGUCUCAGAGUUGCUGUGGAGCUACCAUCCUUAUCAAGCAGCAGUAGGAUUGUGACACAUGACAUUCCUGUGGGGGUUAUUCCCAGAAGAUUAUGGAAUGACUUCAGAGAGCCCAGUGUGCCAGACUUUGAUGUCAGUAUUUAUCUACCAGCGCUGAAAACAAUGAAGAGUGUUGUGGAGAGAAUGAAGAAUCUCAGCAAUUCCAUUGUGAUUGAAGCGAACUUGAGUGGAGAAAUGAACUUGAAAAUAGAAACUGACUUAGUAUCUGUAACAACACAUUUUAAAGACUUGGGAUAUCCUCCUUGGGCAUCAGGGGAUGGAUGUGAAAAUUCUUCUCAAGGCAGAGAUCUGGAAAGCAUGACUGAGGCAUGCAUAGACAUCAAGAAGCUACAGCAGCUGCUUGCUGGACAGCAGGUCAAUCCCACAAAAGCAUUGUGCAAUAUUGCAAGUAAAAGAAUUGUCCACUUCAUCUUGCUGCAUGAGGAUGUUUCGCUUCAAUAUUUUAUUCCGGCACUUGCCUGAAUGUUCUGGAGUCAGGGUUAUUUUCCAACCUGAGGCCUUUUCCAUGAAGUCUGAAAACUUUCAUGAGUCGUUGGAGUACUCUCAUGUGAUAUACUGUUAGAUGCAGCCAUCAGAUGGACAUUAUUUCCAUAUUUAUGAAAUUAUUCAAAAUACCUCCUCAUCCAGAAGGCUUCUUUUCAUGAAGAGUUACAUACUAUGAAAGACACAACGGUGGGGAGGUGGCAUAUCUGAGCAUUACAGGGA